AUGGAGUUUAGGAAUCCCGGUGAGAUGGGGAUACCUUCUUCCUCUUCUGGUUAUAACGCUUCUCUCGGCGUCAGAUCGGCCUUCUCUAAACCCACACUCUCCCCCUCUUCGUCUCUUGUCUCCCCAAGAGGAGCAGCAGUCGAUGGUGGUGGCGUUGGAGGCGGACCAAGAAAUGGUGACAUCCUUGGCAACACCAAACCAUCAAAUCUUGUGUCCAACCUCAUUGCCUUGGAUCAUCGUCCCGGGUCUCUGGGGAACAACGCAGAUCAAGCAUCCAUCUCCAAUUCGUCUCCGGGUGCAGCAGGUGUGGGUGUAUCGGUCAACUCCGAACCAGCAGCUAGCGCCACCACCACCGUGACCGCAGCUGAUAUCCCCACCAAGUACAAAGAAUGCCUUCGCAACCACGCGGCCGCCUUAGGUGGCCACGUCGUCGACGGCUGCGGCGAGUUCCUGCCGAAUGGCGACCCUGACACGCCCGAGGCACUCAAGUGUGCAGCCUGCGGCUGCCACCGUAGCUUCCACCGCAGAGAGACCGAGGGCGGCGCCAACGCCGUCAAUUCCUACUACCAUGGCACCACUCGCCCACCCCUGUUACUCCCGCUCCCCCAUCCCCAAGCGCAACUCCACCACCACCAGAAACACUUCCAGCUCGGCGGCUUCUCGUCGAGCCCUUCACCGGCCCUUCCGGGGUCGCCGGGCUUCGUCCAUUUCGGUGGCAACAACCCCAGCGGGAACGGAGGCACCACCACAGAGUCGUCCAGCGAGGAAAUGAUAGACACCGGGACGCCGACGCCCUCGGCCAUGCCAAAGAAGCGGUUUCGAACCAAAUUCACGGCGGAGCAGAAGGAGAAAAUGCUGGCUUUUGCUGAGAGGUGGAGGAUUCAGAGGCAAGAUGAUGCAGUGGUCGAGCAAUUCUGCUCGGAGAUUGGAGUGAGGAGACAGGUCCUCAAGGUCUGGAUGCACAACAAUAAGCACAUGAUUACUAGAAAGCAGCAGCAGCGGCAGCAGCUGUAGUCGGCACUUCAUCCACAGCGGUAGCCAAGACUAACCUUCAACUCUACGUUACGGAGAGGACGCAGAUGAGAUGACGAGUCGCUUGCAACGUGUUGGUUUACUGGUUCGAGCUGCUUUCCUUCUCCUCUGUCUCAGUGUUGUUUGGCAAUCAAGCAUCGAUCUGUGUCACAACCUGCAUCGAUCAAGAACAUCUGUCUGUGUUUCUUGUUGCUCCAACAGCCUUCCUCUCUCAUUCCCUGUCUCUUCCCCGGUGAUCUGUCGGUCAUUUCAUGUCUAAUCUUCAUCGUAUUGUCUAAGCAGCUGUUUCUUUUUUC